AAUUUUAAGUUAUCGUUCUCAUGGUGCUGUCAGUUCAAAAAUAAGUUUAUUUCGAUACCAUAUGGCGAAAGGACAGAAGAGACAUGCAGUUUGCCAAAAUAUCAGGUUGUUUUGAACGGCAGUGAGAUGUGGUGAACUGUUAGAGCAUGGAGACAGUGGAAGCCGGCAUGGUUCCUCCAUGUGUGCUGGAGGAAGAACACAGCAUGAGUGGACUGUCAGAUUGUCUGGUGGAGCUGGAAGUCGAGGAGGGGGAGCGAGAGAUUCCAUUCAGGUCUUAUCUAGAUGAGAAUGCUGUCAUGUGUGAUGAUGUGCAAGACUGUAGUCACAGCCUGUCAGACACCCCCAACCACACUCCCUGCUCUUCGCACACUGUGUCAAACCCAUUAUUGUCCCCUGGUACUAGUUUUCACAAACACUUCAUUCCACAUGGACACAUACAGCGCUGCAUGGGUGGCAAGGAUGAGGACAGCCAUGCUGUAGGCAAGAACCAGCAACCUCUAGGGAAUUACCCUGAGGUGCAGAGAUCCAUAAUGUCCCCUGAAAACCGAACCCCUACACGGACAUCCUUCCUUUCCUCGGGACGGAACUCCCGCACUCCCAACACGCUGAUGCGCCUUCAGGAAAAACACAGACAGAACGAAAGAGUUCGCCAUCACACUCUGAUCAAGAACAUGAAGGCUGUGUGUAGUCGAGUACCUGGCUAUGAUGAGAAGGCCAAGGAAACCAAGGUGGUGAUGCUGCAGAGAGUGGUGGACUACAUCUGUCACAUAGAGCAACACAUCCAGGGGCUGAGUGACGAACUGGGCAUCAAGCUUGACCUGUCCAACACAUUCCUUACAACCAAAAUCAGGAAAACCUCAGAUGAGCGAAACAAGCAGAUGUGUUCUGCUAGGAGUUGUUACAGGAAGACAGCAGACCCCUUCCUGGCCACUUAUAUCCCUGAGUCAGUCGAGAUGAUGGAGAGUGAGCAGCCCUUUGCCAUGUCAACCCCUCAAACUUCCUGUGGCAUAUCAGAUGACAUGGAUCGCAAGUUACAGCUGCGGAGACAAAAGAUUUCCUCCCCGACAGUGGGCUCUAGCUCAGAUGCAACAGUGCCAUUACUGAGUGAGGCCGUGGGCAGCCAGUCAUCUCUGUCCUCUGAAGACUCGCACAAACCUGCACCCAGCAACAUCCCAUUUGUGGACGAGAUGACUCUGUCUCCAUCCAACACAUGGAUCUCCGAGUCUGAUGAUGUGCUCAGUUUACACCCCAAAGAUGACUACCUGAAUCCAGAGGAAAGUCUUGGCUUUGAGCAGCCGGAUGAUUUUGGGAUGUCGUCUUCCUUCCCACUUGGCAGUCCUUUGAGAUCAAACAGUGUGCUGGACUUCGGGGCAGGUAAUGGUCACUUGUCUGAUGACCAUCUGGAGGCUGUGAGUCCAGACCGAGUGUUACAAAUCAAGUCAGGCCCACUGCUCAAGGAAAAACUCCUCCAGCUCAUUGAGAGAAAGAAGGAGAGUUACCUGGACCGUCCCCCGCUUACCCCCAUCACCAACAUGAUGAGGAAAGACGUCAAGGAGAGGAGCCUGAGCCAACAGGAGGAGCUCUCUCAAGCCCUCACCCCCAUCGUCGACAAAAACCUGCGCUCAGAUAUAGGACGCAAAGAUGACAACUAUUUUGUGUCUUACGUGCCAUAUAUGUGGAAGUUUCAUGACAUGGCUAUGACCCGCAGGCAGAAGGCCGCAGCUGCCCGGACACAGACAGAGAAGGAGAACGGAGAAGCUGUCGUUCCCAUGAAAAGGGACGACAGUUGUAAGCCUGUCAAAGUUGACCUAAGAAAAACUUCGUGGAUGAAUGGAUUUAUGAUGUUUAGCCGCAUCAACAGACGGACCUUCAUUGAAGCUAAUCCUGGCGUGCACACCUCUCAUAUCAGUAAGAUGAUGGGUCACACAUGGAGAAACAUGCUGGAGGAGGAACAAAGGCCAUACAAAGAAAAAGCCAAGAAGUACAUGGAGUACAUGCAGAGGUCGUUUGAGGAGCCAUUGUCUGAGAGUGAGACAAGGCUUGACGCCUAUGAAGCUGACGGAGACAUCUCAAAGGCUCCCUUCACCCCAAGGGACGAGCUAAAACCUAAGGAGACCAUCGCACAGGUAGUCCCUGACUCCAUGGCAAUUCAUGAUCCAGUGCCCAGGUCUAAGCUGCGUAAGUACAAGAAGAGAGGCAGUCAGAGGCUGAGAGGUGGACGGGGACGUAGAGCUGGAACAACCAGGACCAGUUCCCUCAAGUCAUGUUACCCAGGUGUGAGCCUCUUGAGGAAAUCUGAGAUCAAACAAGAGCCCAGCGAAGAGAUUGAGGAGCCAGGCACAGGCAUCCCACUGGUGAGAGUCAAGACAGAAGGGGAGAUAACUCCCAUAAAACAGGAAUCACUAAAUUAGCAAUACAGAUCCCUCCCUAAUAACUACACUAAGUUUCAUGCUCAAAUUUUAGCAUCGUAACUAUUUUCAGACAUCACUUUAUCGUGACCUCUAAUAUUGUUUAUUGUUAUAAUGGUCAGGGACAUUUAAGAACUUGUAGAAUUAACAGUGGCUGUUUUCGUCUCUCUCAAGGUUUGUUUUCAGUUGUCAGAAGGUAUGAUUUAUUUUGUUUCAAAUUAUGUAGCCUGUUAUAAGCCAAAUAGUUGAGGUUACCAACUACUUCUUAAAUGUUUAAAAAUUAGUCAAAGUAUUUCCUUGCUGCUUCAUGUUUGGAAUGAGGAUAUCCUUCAGUGCAGAAUGUUAAUGUUACAAAAUUGUGAACUGAACAAGAAUCGGGGGUAUCCAGUAGUUACUGAGGUUUGAAUCUCCUUUGGUGAGCUAAAGACGUUUAGAAAGACAAACAGUUCAUUCCACUGAAUAUGUUUAUGUUGAAUCAUGACAGAGAAGUUCGUUCAAAAUACCUAGAGUUGAAGACACACAAGAAUGGAGGUAUGUUUUUUUUUUGUUCCUCUGUUUUUUUCUACUUUCAUGAUAUCCCUUGGACCCUAAAUCUCCCAUCAUGUACUCUUGGUAGUUGUUCCAUUGAAGCAGUUUUUUAAAUAUUGGCCUCUUAGCUUAAGAGGAAGUAUUCUAGUUAUAUGUGCCAUGGAAAUUGCACAGUGACAGACAGUAUUGCAGGGCAAAAUCUUGUUACAGCAUUUUGUUCAUUUACCUGCAUCAUUAAAUAAUUCAUUUUAUUCAAUCAGCAUUAUGUACUUGUUGAUACAAAUGUGACUAGCAUUAAUUUAAAAAUAAUUCUGUUUACCUCAUGGUUGAGUUUUACACUAGUUAAGUGUUUUUUGUUUGUGUAUAUACAUAAACCUGAUGAAGAAAAGAUUAAAAUUUACAACAAUGUAAUAAAAUUCUGUAUACC